AGAGGCACGACCAGACUGUGAAUGGUUGGAAGGAUGUCAGAGGGAAAUGAUGUGUCAGGUAGCGACUUUGCGGAAAUGGAAGAGGGUGAUAAUGGCGUGGAAAAUGAGGAAAUAUGGCAUACUCAAAAAGCUAAGCACAAAAGGAAAAAAUCAAAACAACGUACAGAAUCAUCUGUUUCUGAGGCUGAAGGAGAAACAGUUAAGAUGACAGAAUUUAAAAUAGUUCUGAAGUUUGUUAAAGAGGAUGUGUCCUUUGGUAAGUGGAAUCCAAUUAAGCUUACUAAAGAAAUCAAUUCACUGGUUGGAAAGGUGAAAUUUGUUAAGAUAUUAAGAGAUGGAUCUUUAUUGAUCAUUUGUAAUGAUGUUAGACAAAAUGAAAGGGCUCUGAAUGUAAAAAGAGUUCUUGGUGAGAAUGUGAGAGGGAGAAUUUUGGAUGACAAGAAGUACGUACGUGGAGUCAUUUCGGGUAUUCCACCUGAUGUGCCAGCUGAUGAGAUUAAGUCUAAUAUUUCAGGAGGGAAAGUGGUGGAAGCCAAACGAUUGAAAAGAAAUAAAAAUGGAGAGAGAAGUGAUAGUUUUUCUAUCAUGUUAAAAUUUGAAGAGGAAAGACUCCCAGAUAAAGUGUUUGUGGGAUAUAUGAGCUAUGAUGUCCGACCAUUUAUUCCUCCGCCGUUGCGGUGCUUUAAAUGUCAGAAAUUUGGACAUGUCGCGGCGGUGUGUAAGGGGAAACAGAAAUGUGGGAGAUGUGCUGGGGAUCAUGAGAAUGGGAAAUGUGAGGAAGGAGCCCCGCUGAAAUGUUGUAAUUGUGGAGGUGGACACAGUUCAGGAUUUAGGGGAUGUGUAGCUAGUAAAAGAGCUGAGGAAGUUCAGAAAAUUAAAGUCACUACUGGCAUUACUUAUGCAGAAG